AAAUCAACAUCAACCUCUGUAUAAUUAAACCUAAAUGCACUCUAAUACUUAAAAAUCAAAAGCUUCUCAAUUUUUCCACUUUGAUUCUUCCUAGAAAGUUUACUGAAAGAUUCUUUGAUUGGUUAUCUAGUAGGCUCUACAUCGGAAUCGAUCAUUGUUCUUCCAUCUUGUCGAAACUAUAUUUAUCCCGACCUUCCUUUCGCAGUUACAAGAAUCAAACAAAAUAGGGUCUCAAUACCUCAAUACACCCCUUUCUAAUUAAUCCCACCCUAUCAUAUAUCCGAAAAAGUCAAAUAUUCUACUUUGUAACCUCCGAAGCUCUUUACCCGUACCCCGAUGAAAUUUAUCUGAAGUACCAGACAAAAGGCCAAGUGUCAGUCUCAUCAUGAAGACCGCCGCUCGAGCGUUCUACUUGGGUCUUUUCACUCUCUUGAGUACUUGCACUUCACAUACAGAAGCUUCUGAUUCCUCAUCCAAAUCUAGAACGAUUCAAAGUCCAGAUGUUUGCGCGGUAUGCUUUACUUUUCUUUUAUCAGGCAUAUGUUUCUAAUGCCGUCACCCAGAUCUCCCCAAAAGCAAUCGUGUCUGAUGCUUGCACAACAUACGCUACCCUCGAUGACCUUAAUCGAGAGAUAUCGCCUUCCCUAGAUGAUCUCACACAAACCACCGAUUUCUUUGCAUAUUACCGGCUAAACUUGUACGGUAAGGAGUGUCCCUUCUGGAACGAUGAGAAUGGCAUGUGUGGCAAUAUCGCCUGUGCCGUAAACACCUUAGACAAUGAAGAAGAUAUACCGCUAGUAUGGAGGGCCGAGGAAUUGGGGAAACUAGAAGGGCCCAAAGCCGGCCAUCCCGGGAAGAAAGUACAACAAGAGCGUCCAAAGAAACCCUUACAAGGCAAGCUCGGCGAAGAUGUCGGAGAGAGUUGUGUGGUAGAAUACGAUGAUGAAUGCGAUGAGAGAGACUAUUGUGUACCGGAUGAUGAAGGUGCCGGUUCGAAGGGAGACUAUGUGAGCUUGGUAGACAACCCGGAAAGAUUUACUGGAUAUACUGGUGAGGGGGCAAAGCAAGUUUGGGAUGCCAUAUAUCGAGAGAAUUGCUUUUCGAAAGCAUCCUUUCCUCACUCGGCAUCUCUUGGACACUCCCCACUUUCUUUGAAAGAACCUGCAGCGAAUGAACUUAAAACUGUUCUCAAACAACGUGGCCGUCAACACAUUCUGGAAGAACAACGGGAGCACUCCCCAAACAUCCCAUUCGUAGCAGAAACUGGCUUCGAACUGGAAGAUGAGUGUUUGGAAAAGCGUGUCUUUUAUAGGGUCAUUUCCGGCAUGCACACCUCCAUCAGCACACAUCUUUGCUACGAGUAUUUGAACCAAACCACCGGUUUAUGGGGCUUAAAUCUUCAAUGUUACAAGGAUCGCCUACAUGGCUUUCCAGAACGUGUCUCGAAUCUCUACUUCAACUACGCUCUUGUUUUACGAGCCAUCACAAAACUCGGCCCCUCCCUCGAAGACUACACUUUUUGUUCAGGUGAUCCGGCCCAAGAUCAGCUCACCCAAUCCAAGGUGCAAACCUUGAUUUCAAAAGCAUCAAAAGAAACCCAAAUCUUUGAUGAAAGCUUGAUGUUUGUCAAUGGCGAGGGUCCGAGUCUGAAAGAAGACUUCCGCAAUCGCUUCAGAAAUGUUAGUCGAAUCAUGGAUUGUGUUGGUUGUGAUAAAUGCCGACUAUGGGGAAAGGUUCAAACCGCAGGUUAUGGAGCAGCGCUGAAAGUUUUAUUCGAAACGGAAAAUAACUCGAAAGAUGUUCCAAUGUUGAAACGAACCGAACUCGUCGCUUUAUUCAACACCUUGGGUCGUAUUUCACAUUCCCUCCGCGCUAUCAACGAGUUCCGAACUUUGGUUGAAGCCGAAGAUAACAAGGCUAAAGAGGCUGUUGAGUUAACGGAUCGUGCGACGCAGCCACAUAAUGCCAUUCGUGAAGAUCCAAUAGAAAAAGACUUUGCGGACUAUGAUGAGGAGGCAAGAUUGAAGCGUGAAAUCCCUAACAUCUCGGAUCUCAUUUGGAAGGAAUUAAGAUUGACGUGGAAUGUAACCAAAUAUGUAAUUUGGGGGUGGGUCAGAUUCCCCUUAACUAUGUAUGUACCCCCACAACUACUUACAAUUCCUAGCCGCAAUGCUUACACUUUCUAUAGCUGGGAAAUCUUUGUACUCGAGAUCUCCAGAUUUUGGGAAUUUUAUAUUGGUCUUCCAGUAUCUCCUAGGCAAUGGACGAUCGUACGGCCAAAUUUCGAUGAGCUUUAGUUGGGAGACACAAAAUUUAUGGAGUUUAUGGAUAGUUUAACAUAGCAUAGCGUACGGAGUUUUUUCUUUAGAGAUAUUCGACAUUUCCUUGAGAGGAAACUUUGCAUAGAUGGGCUAUAAAAUGGUGGCUAGUUUGAUAACGUAUUGAGUAAAGUUAGUUACUGGUUACUACUAAGAAUUAGAUGAUACCUCUUU